UUUAGGCUCAGGUUGCCGUGGCGGAAGGAAGAAACGGUUGCGGGAUAAUCUACACACGUUCAGUUUUAUAUGUAAUCGAUUAAUUAUUAUUCAGCUCUGCCUAAUGGUGAAAUUAAGAGCCAGAUGUGUGGUCGUGGGAGAUGCGGCGGUGGGGAAGAGCUCACUGUGUCAGAUGUUCCGCAGUGAUGGCGCUGUCUUUCAGAAGAACUACACCAUGAAUGUUGGUGUGGAGCUGCUGGAGAAAUCAGUGUCCAUCCCAGAUACCACUGAUGCUGUGGAGCUCUACAUCUAUGACUCAGCCGGACGGGAGCCGUUCGCAGACACCUGUGAGAACAUGUGGAAUCAGCCGUCGGUCAUGUGUGUGGUGUUUGACAUCACCAGCGAAGCCUCGUUCACCAGCUGCAGCCGCUGGCUCGACAGGGUCAGAUCACACUGCAACGGGCUGCAGGUGCCAGGUGUGCUGGUGGGGAAUAAGUCUGACCUGUCGUCCAGGAGGGAGGUGGAGGCCGACGCCGCUCAGUCGUGGGCUCAGAGUCACGGGCUGGAGUAUCACGAGACGUCCGCUAAGGAGAUCGGACAGUAUGAAGCUCCGUUCGUGAGUCUGGCUCGAACGUUUCACUCGCUCUAUCAGGAUCAGAUUCAGAUCAUCCAGAGUCUCGUUUAACCUCGUCAGCGCUCGACUGGACAAUCAGUCAUAAGUGUUUUGUACUGUACAUUUCAGUGUGUGUUUGUCUUCUGUGGUCUGAACUCAAUGAAAUAAAACUCGUCCUCUAAACUCUGCCAAACAUGCUUAUGUCUGUGUGUGUUACAGUUAACAUG